GAACUCUCUAGAACUUGGGCUCUUUCCCCUCUAACUAGCCCCAUUAUAAACUCCUCUCUUUUUCACUCCCUACCUCAAAUCAGAACUUGUUCUCUCUCUAGAUUCUUCCAAAGUCUUUUCUCCUUCCAUCUGCUUAGAUCGCUCUUGAUUGUUUUACGAGCAUCGACAUGGAAGAGGAUUUCGAUCUUCCAGCCGGAGACGGGAUGAUGAACGAGGACAUGGAUCUUCCCGACGAGAGCCCCAUUUUGAAGGUGGGCGAGGAGAAGGAGAUUGGGAAGCAAGGAUUGAAGAAGAAACUUCUCAAGGAAGGUGAAGGUUGGGACACUCCUGAAAACGGCGAUGAGGUUGAAGUUCAUUACACGGGGACGUUGCUGGAUGGGACUCAGUUCGAUUCCAGUCGAGAUAAAGGGACGCCAUUCAAGUUUACUCUUGGUCAAGGCCAAGUGAUUAAAGGGUGGGACCAAGGUAUUAAAACAAUGAAGAAAGGGGAAAAUGCUAUUUUCACCAUUCCACCUGAGCUGGCUUAUGGUGCUUCUGGGUCACCACCUACCAUUCCUCCCAAUGCCACACUUCAGUUUGAUGUUGAAUUGCUGUCUUGGACUAGUGUCAAGGAUAUCUGCAAGGAUGGUGGGAUAUUUAAGAAGAUUCUUGUUGAAGGAGAGAAAUGGGAGAAUCCCAAGGAUCUUGAUGAAGUUACAGUUAAAUAUGAAGCUCUGCUUGAGGAUGGAACAGUUGUUGCCAAAUCUGAUGGAGUAGAGUUUACUGUCAAAGAGGGUCAUUUUUGUCCUGCAUUGUCAAGGGCUGUCAAGACAAUGAAGAAGGGAGAGAAGGUUCUUCUAACGGUGAAGCCUCAAUAUGGGUUUGGGGAGAAGGGUAAGCCAGCAUCUGCUGAUGAAGGCGCUGUUCCACCCAAUGCCACACUCCAAAUAACACUGGAGUUGAUUUCAUGGAAGACAGUGUCAGAGGUGACUGAUGACAAGAAGGUUAUAAAGAAAAUCCUGAAGGAGGGCGAGGGAUAUGAGCGUCCAAAUGAUGGAGCUGUUGUCAAGUUGAAAUUGAUUGGGAAGUUGCAAGAUGGUACAGUAUUUCUGAAGAAGGGCCAUGAUAAUGAGGAUGAAGUAUUUGAGUUCAAGACAGAUGAGGAGCAAGUAAUUGAGGGGCUUGAUAGAGCUGUGAUGACAAUGAAGAAGGGUGAGGUGGCACUGUUAACAAUUGCAGCAGAGUAUGCAUUUGGUUCAUCUGAAUCACAGCAGGAGUUGGCUGUUGUUCCUCCCAACUCGACUGUAUACUAUGAGGUUGAGCUGGUGUCUUUUGUCAAAGAAAAGGAAUCAUGGGACAUGAACACCCAAGAAAAAAUUGAAGCUGCUGGUAAGAAGAAGGAAGAAGGCAAUGUUUUGUUCAAAGCUGGAAAAUAUGCUAAAGCGUCUAAGAGAUAUGAGAAGGCAGUCAAAUACAUAGAAUAUGAUUCUUCUUUUGGUGAGGAGGAAAAAAAGCAGGCCAAGGCAUUAAAGGUUGCUUCUAACCUAAAUAAUGCUGCAUGUAAAUUAAAAUUGAAGGAUUACAAACAGGCAGAAAAGCUGUGCACGAAGGUGUUAGAGAUGGAGAGUAGAAAUGUGAAGGCUCUUUAUAGGAGAGCUCAGGCAUAUAUCCAGUUGGCAGAUUUAGACGUGGCUGAGUUUGAUGUUAAAAAGGCCCUUGAAAUUGACCCUGAGAACAGGGAUGUCAAGCUAGAGUAUAAAACUUUGAAGGAAAAGAUGAGGGAGUAUAACAAGAAAGAAGCCAAGUUUUAUGGCAACAUGUUUUCAAAGAUGAAUAAACUGGGCCCUGUUGACUCUAAUAAAUCCGUAAGCUGAUAAGGCUAAGCCAAUGAGCAUAGAAAGCAGGGCAUAAUGGGGAGGAAAGUGGAUGAUCAACUAGAACACGAAUGAGCAAAAUCCCCUAGGUUUUUUUUUUUUUUUUAAAAUGGAUUUCUAGGAUUUUUUUUGUGGUUUUGCAUUAUGUGAUGAGAACUCCCAAAUGGAUUCUUCUAACAAAGAAUUGGGUGAA